ACUGCCCCCCCCAGGCACUGAGUUCAGCCCCCCCGCUCCUGCCGCACGGUCAGGCACAGGGACAGCUGGCUCUGCACAAGUACGUUUACUCAAAAAAUAAAAAAUAAUUAAAAAAAAAAAAGAAACCAAUCCAAACAAAACGGUCACAUGGAAUGGGUGGACGCGAACAGUGGGUCAGGGUCUGGUCCCACCCCAGCAAGGCCAGUGAGCCUGUAGAGCAGCACCAGAGUUCACACAGCGAGGACAGCACGGGGAUAAGGCAGCAGGCGAUCAAAUGCGGGACGGGGAGGAGGACACAUUAACUCUACUUGGGAUGCGCCCCAACACAGCUCCCACGGAGAUACAGGGACACACGGGCACAAGGAGGGAUGCAAACAACAGCCAGCCCCAACCUCGGGGCUGCAGGACAGCAAGGGGAAGGGGGGGUAGGCCCCCAACCACAUCAAGGAGCUGGAAGAGCCCCCACCACUCCCUGCAGGGCUACAAGCAGUGGCGGGAGAGCAGACGGUGCGCUCCUGCAGGACGGAAGAGCUGAUAGAGGCAGCAGGAGGAGGGACAUCGCCCAGCUCAGCACCUCUGCCCUGCAGCCUGGGGGGGCAGGGAGGUGCCCCACAGUACAUUCAAGAAGAGGGGCCGGCGCUGCCCGUGCACGGACAGGAGCAGGGGCUGAGGUCCGUGCAGAACACCAAAGCACUUGUGUGCCCCUGCCCUGGCACCGAGCGGGGGCAGAAGGCACAACCCUGGGGGGAGAGGCAGCCCCGCUCCAGCCCCCCCUUCCACGACCCCCUAGAGAGGGACUGGCAGCACCGCAGCUGCCCACCCCUCGCCCCCCAGCAGCAGCAGCAGCAGCAGCAGCAGCAGCAGCAGCAGCAGCAGCAGCAGCAGCAACAUCAACAACGAUGCUUUGCCGGAUGCACCUCGCUCCAUUCGCCUCCAGCUCCCUGGCCACCCGGCUGGGCACGGUGAGGACCCUCUGGCCGCAUGCAGAGACCAUUUUCAGCGAGCUGCAGCAGGAGAUGGAGAAGGCUCGGCAGUUCAUGAGCAGCUUCGAGCAGCUCCUGAGCAGCCACGGACCCAUCACCGCAGAACAGGCUCCCAGCAGCAGCGCAGCCCCGGCCCAGGGCUCCGGGGAGGGCUUCUCCGUCUGCCAGGAUGUGAAGAGCUUCGCCCCCGAGCAGCUGUCGGUGAAGGUGGUGGGCAGGAAGGUGGUGCUGGUGGGGCAGAAGGAGACGCAGAGCACGGACGAGAAGGGCUCCUUCUCCUACAAGUACGAGGUGCUGAAGCGCGAGUGGGACGUGCCCGAGGAGGUUGACGCCGAGGCGCUGAGCUGCUCCCUGUCCCCAGACGGGCAACUCCGCAUCGAGGCCCCCCGACUGGCCCUGCCAUCUGCUGCUGAGAGGAACGUGCCCAUCGAGGUGAGCCCCGCAGCUCCGCAGCCCGGGGCAGCCAAGGAUGGAGCUGUCAGCAAAGCCAAGGCGUGAUGGGGCAGAACGAUGGUCUGCAUCGGGACCAGCAGAGACGGCAGUGAGUCUUGGGCUGUAGCCCAGACACGCUCCAUCCAUUGUGUUUUUCACUAUACUGGAAUGUUCUUGUUUUUGUAUCCAAUAAAAAAUCCUUUUGCAUAGAA